AUGAAAUUAAUAAUAUUUAUUAAUAUAUUAUUUAUUGUGCUUUCAAAUUUAGUUACCUCUAUUAAAUUUGCCAAAUUGAAGCUUCAGUUUUAUCAUCAACAUAAUUGUUAUAGAAGAAAUAACAAAGUUGGUCCUUUAAAAGUUAGCAAAAGAUGGGCAUUUUCAGCACAAAAAUAUGCUAAUAAAUUAGCUAGACAGAAAAAUGGUCUUCAUCAUAGUAAUUCAAAUGGAAGAUAUGGUGAAAAUAUUUAUUGGUUUUCUACAAAGAAAGGUGCAGGAAAAGCAGUAAAACUUUGGUAUAGUGAAGUCAAGCAUCAUAAUUAUUCAAGUAAUAAGAUGAAUGGAGCAACAGGUCAUUUUACACAAAUUGUUUGGAAAAGUACCAAAUAUGUUGGAUGUGGAGUUGCUGCAUCAAAAGGUAAUGGUGUUUUUGUAGUUUGUCAAUAUUAUCCACCUGGAAAUUAUGAUAACAAGUUUUUGAAAAAUGUAUUCCGACAUAAAACAUUGAAACCAAAAUGUUAA